AUGGCCGCAGUUGAAAUCCCCACCAAUAUCCGCGCUGUCCAAGUUCAACCUGACAAGACCGUCAAAGUAAUACAAAUUCCCUUUGGUCAAGAUGACCUGGUGAAGAAUCUUCCGGAAGACCAGCUCAUUAUUCGUGUCCGUGCAGUGGCAUUAAAUCCCACGGAUUGGAAGCACGGAAUUGGCGAAUGGGGAGCCGCUGGUACCAUUCUCGGCUGCGACAGUGCAGGCGACGUUGUGAAAGUCGGAUCUGCUGUGAAGCACUUGAAAGUUGGAGACCGUGUAGCUGGUUUCAACUACGGCGGUUCAUACCAAACCAACAAUGGAGCCUACGCUGAAUUCGUCCGACUCUACGCCUCGGUAACGUUUAAGCUGCCUGAUGAGCUCAGCUACGAAGAAGGAGCCUCACUGCCCAUUCCCCAUCUCACCGCCGUGCAGGUUUUCUACAUGCGGCUCAAUAUUCCCAAGCCCUUCAGCCCUCCCGCUGCCGAGAAAGAGAUCAUCCUCAUCUGGGGCGGCUCGACUGCUGUCGGGCAUAAUGCCAUCCAACUCGCGCGCACCUCCGGUUUGCGUGUCUUUGUCACCGCGUCGCCCGCUGUACAUGAAGAAUUGAAGACUCUCGGAGCAGAGCAAACCUUCGAUUACAAAGCCGUAGACGUCGUCAAACAGAUCCAGGAUGCUGCUGGAGAACGAGGCAUCAUCUACGCGAUCGAUACUGUCGGAGAGCUAAGUACCACCAACAGCACCAUUGACGCAUUAUCUCUCUCUCGCAGCGGCCAUCUCGUCUCGAUCCUUCCCCCGGAUCCAUCCUCCGUAAACCGUCGCAAGGACGUCAAGGUCGAGUUCAGCCUUGUUUACACUUUGCUCGGCCUCGAUUUCACCUUUGCUAGUGCAUUCAAAUAUGAUGCAAUACCAGAGGACAAAGCUCUUUCGCUUGAGUACGUAUCAACUUAUAUGCCCCGUGUUCUCGAGGGAUGGAAGGCUGGACAAGGAAGUACUUCGUUGAAACCACAGCGUUUGAGAAAAUUGGAGGGAGGGCUGGAAAAGAUCGAGGAGGGAUUGAAAAUCAUGAGGGAUGGCAAAUAUGGAAGAGAGAAGUUGGUCUAUACCAUUGCCUGA